AUGAUUGAUGUCGCACCAUCUGUGAGUUUGGACCAACGUCUUGAUUGUCCUCACGAUCCUGCUCAAUUUAACCUCACGCCUACCAUCACGAACCAAACUUAUCCUCAAACCUUCGACUUGAACCAAACACCGUUUUGUAUUUUUGAUUUUUCGGACGAACAAUUUUUCGAUUCCGACAUACAUCAGCUGUUCGCCAUGUUUCAACAGACCCCGCAGGUUCAGUCUCAACAACAAUCAGAUCUUCCUCACUCACAACUCCAUCUUCCUCACCAGCGACAGUUUAACGAAAUGCCCUAUCAGCAUCAAUACUCUCCGGUUGAGGCUCAGCAAACAAUUCCAUCGCCUCCGUUUGUCGAACCCUCGGUGAACUAUUUUGAAAUUCCCGCACCUUUCUUCACUUCCCUAAUGACCUCUCAUCCUACCUUGUCCUCUUCCCCUGUAAAUGGCUCCGUUGACUCUCGUGGUUACAUGAACUCUGUUGGUGUGGUCACUAUUGCCGCUCAGCAAAAUUAUCAACCCCAUGAAUCACACCAUCCUUCGUCGAGAAGUUCUCAAUUGCUCGCCGACAAUUUCCGGCUAACCCAAGAGAAUCCCAAUUAUAAUAAUUACAACAACGUUCCUGGUCAUCCCUAUUUCUCUCAAAGGUUGAUCUAUUCCGGCGAGAUAUCUUCUCUACGUCAGCAUCCUUCAAACCACUACCAUCGGAAACAGGUCCCGGUGAUCAACACGAGCCUCCCACCAAGUCCUGUGGAUUCGUUUUCUCGACCGAGCUCUACAGCGUCUUCUCCAGUAAACAGUUCGAUCGCUCAACAGUUACUCACGCCGACCAUUACCCAGGUGCUAAAUGCCACCAAUAACGACAAUGGUCACGAUGAGAGUACCAUGCACUUGCCGAUUGUGGACCUCGCCGACGGCCACAACAAUUACAAUUCCUCAGAAUAUGUCGGUCUCUUCGUCUCCGGAGAUCGUGUCACCAACAACGCCAAC